UCCCGGAGCCGAGACGGCCGGGGCCGAGGCCGCCCGAGCCGCGUUGCGAGCGAACAUGGCAGCAGAAUGAGAAGGCUGGGGCCGGGUCGUGGCCUCUGCCGCCGCCGCCGCGCUGCAGUUUAAGAUCCGCGCCCGGCGCCCUCCGAGCCUCCUGCUUAGCCGGCCUCCUGGUGGCCGCUGAAUUAUUUCAUUCUAGGCGAAGGGCGGGGGAGAAAGGCGACCUCGCAGCCAGCCGUUCCGGGCUCUGGCAGCGUGUGGAGGCUUGUGCGUGCGACACUCGCCGGCUGCGGAAAAGACGCGGGAGAGAGCCAGUACAGGGCUGCAACGACGCGGGUGCGGGAUGAGCCGGCCACGGAGCGGCCUUCGCGGGGCGCAUGGAGCCGGCUGGUGCUGCGGAGCGGCUGCCGCCUGAGCCAAGGUUCCACCCGGCUUCGGGGCCUCAGGCGCCCCGGGGGGGUCUCUACCUCCGCCUUCGGAAAGGACGGGAGCUCCGCGUGGCGGACACUGCAGCAGUCACUGUGCUGAGGCGCCCCGAGACUGCUUCGCCUGCAUCUGGGUGCGCUCUCGGCACCCGGGCGCCUUGCCCAGGGCACGGCGGCUGGCUCACCGCGGCGAGCCGGGUGCAGGACUGGCUAGAGGGGUGUGUGCGCGCGUGUUGGACUGGAGAGCGGAGCUAAAGCAGAACCCGCGGACCUGAGCAGCCAUGCUUCCCGGGGUGGGCGUGUUCGGCACCAGCCUCACCGCCCGAGUCAUCAUCCCGCUGCUGAAAGAUGAGGGCUUCGCGGUGAAGGCGCUGUGGGGCCGCACACAGGAGGAAGCGGAGGAGCUGGCCAAGGAGAUGAGCGUUCCCUUCUAUACGAGUCGCAUUGAUGAGGUGCUGCUGCAUCAGGACGUGGACUUAGUGUGCAUCAACCUGCCGCCGCCCCUCACCAGGCAGAUCGCUGUCAAAACGCUGGGCAUCGGCAAGAACGUCAUCUGCGACCGCACAGCCACGCCGCUGGACGCCUUCCGCAUGAUGUCCGCCGCCCACUACUACCCCAAGCUCAUGAGCAUCAUGGGCAAUGUGCUGCGCUUCCUGCCGUCCUUCGUGCGCAUGAAGCAGCUCAUCGAGGAGGGCUACGUGGGCGAGCUGCUGGUGUGCGAGGUGCAGGUGCACAGUGGCAGCCUGCUGGGCAAGAAGUACAACUGGAGCUGCGACGACCUGAUGGGCGGGGGCGGCCUGCACUCGGUGGGCACCUACAUCAUCGACCUGCUCACCUUCCUCACCGGCCAGAAGGCCGUCAAGGUCCACGGGCUGCUCAAGACCUUCGUGAAGCAGACCGACCACAUCAAGGGCAUCCGCCAGAUCACCAGCGACGACUUCUGCACCUUCCAGAUGGUGCUGGAGGGUGGGGUGUGCUGCACUGUCACCCUCAACUUCAACGUGCCCGGUGAGUUCAAGCAGGAUGUGACUGUGGUGGGCUCAGCCGGGCGCCUUCUGGCGGUGGGCACGGACCUGUACGGGCAGCGCAAUAGCUCCCCGGAGCAGGAGCUGCUUCUGCAGGACUCCACACCUGUCAGCAACUCCCUGCUGCCCGAGAAGGCCUUCAGUGACAUCCCCUCGCCCUACCUGCGUGGCACCAUCAAGAUGAUGCAGGCUGUGCGCCAGGCCUUCCAGGACCAGGAUGACCGGCGCACGUGGGACGGCCGGCCGCUCACCAUGGCCGCCACCUUCGACGACUGCUUGUAUGCCCUGUGCGUGGUAGACACCAUCAAGAGGUCCAGCCGGACGGGCGAGUGGCAGAACAUUGCCAUUAUGACGGAGGAGCCGGAGCUGAGCCCCGCCUACCUGAUCAGCGAGGCCAUGCGCAGGAGCAGGAUGUCCCUGUACUGUUAGCAUAGACUGGGGACUUAGGCCUUCUGUGUGGGGUCCAGAGUCGGGGAAAGGCAUUGCGGAGAGGUGGCCUCCAGGAGUGUGGGGAUGGGGAAGUGGGGAGGUGGAAGGACAAUGGGAAUAAAUGGCAUUUGGGGGGGUGAACCCCAGCCCAGAUGAAGGGCCCCAAACAAGACUGUUAGGAUGCUGAGUAAAUAGCCUGGGAGUGUUCAGAGGGUCUGCCUUCCUGAGAUCAGCCCUGCUGGGCAUUUGCACGAGAGGGAGGAGGUUUAGCUGCCUCUGCUGCCCUUUACUGUGAGGAGCAAGGAGGGGUGGCUUUCCUCAUCUCGUCCACUCCCCACACCUUGGCUUCUUUGCAAGCCAAAUGCUCCUGUGAGGUCAAGCUCAGCUGGUGCAGGCUCCCUAUCCCAUCCCCCUCCCCCAAAACUAGUAGGAUAAGGCACAUCCUCACAUGUCUACACAAGCCUGCUAGCCUGGGGAAAGGUGGGGGUGCAAUGGGUUACUGAGAAAGUUCAAAUUCUAGGAAUCCACUGUAAGUGUGUGAAGGAAAAAGUACUUGGCAGCAAAGUGCAGCUUUCUUGGUCGAUAGGAAGUGGGAGAGAGUGUCUCCCUAAUGGGUCCACUGCCCUUCACCUGGCCUGAGGUGGGAAGGGAGUGCCUGGAACAGGAGGCGGAGAGAGCAAGAACACACCCUGCAUGGACAUAGAUGAGGCAGAGAAUAACGUCUUUGAAUUUGCCAGCAAUUAAACAACUGCAAGAAGCCAUCCUAUAACCACUUCCGGUGGAGUAGCAUUGAGUGCAAGCGGGAUUCAGUGCGAAGCCGUCCUUUCUCCUGGCUCCCCAGUGGGGCCCAGGAGGCAGCAGGAGCUGUGGGUCUGACUCCAAGCUCAUCUGCUGCCUCAAGAACGGGGCCGCUGUGUGCCCCAGUACCGCAGUGGGAGUUCCCAGCACAGGGGAAAAUGAGCCGGCCCUGGGCUUGCUUUGUGCUCCAACUCCUGUCUCCUGCCCAGCUGGGGAAGGGCUGUAGGAGUUUCGUGCAGCUUUGUGGAUGGAUGAUGUAAAAGGGAAGUCUUCAGUUCCAUUCAGAUAUAAUCCUCUUCCUUUUAAAAAAAGUCAAGGCUCUUUUCCCUAGCUUUGACCUUUCCUUUCAUGAUUCUGAUACCUGAAAAGAUUUUAAUAGGUGUUAAACAAAACAAAAAAGGACAAGGAACAUAAUUUUUAGUGUUUCAAAAAUGGGGUUUUAGAGCUCUCUCAGGUUUAUCUUCAUGUAGGGUUGAGAAGCUGAUGGUGGAAAAAACAUUCUUCUACUCCUUGGUCUCUUGUCUGUCAUGUCACCCUCUGCGUACAGAGCUUUUACUGGAGACGGCAAACUGCAGGCUCAGAGCAGGCAGCGGAGGGGAACAACCUGAGACACCCACACACACACACACACACAUGGGUUUGUAACUGCCACCAAGUAUUACUAAAAUGGCUCUUAAGAAAGAUCAAGUCAAAUACAUUUUGAAAAUGGGGGAAUUAUCCUUUUAUCUUUUCUUAGUCCUUCAUCCCACAGAAGGCAUGUCAAGGUUGGCUGUAGAAACCAGGACUUACAAGUCUGCAUAACUUUUGUUCGCAGCUCACACAACUAAGGUUUAGACUUCCUUUCACAUGGAGUGGAACCAGAAGGAAAUUUAAAGGGAGAGGCCACCCCCAGGCUCUGAGUAGGCAGUCCCUGGAAACAAACCAUCAGUUGCAUCCACCAUUCUCCUCCCAGGGUCCAUCUACGGUGUAGCCCGGCUGCCCACGGGUGUAGCCUGGCUGCCCACGGGUGCAGUGUGGGUGUGCAAACAUCAUGGCUGUGGUGGUCGUUUUCCAGCAGAGGAGUACGGUGUGCCUUCCUGGAGACAUCGCCCUACUUCGGGGCCCUUACUCCAGCAUGGUAAGGUUAGUCAGCUGAAACUGUCCGCGGUGCAUUAUAGUCCCUGAUCCGUUUUCAGACUUCAUGAUGAAAUGUCAAGCUUUUGUAGUUAUCAGUUCAAAACUAGAGACUUGGUAGAAUGGAAGUCUCCCAGCAGUAAUUUGAGCAGAGGGCCAUGCCAUGGACCGUUUUGGUUCAGGUUCUCCUAAACUGCCCUCUGGAUAGCUUUUGUGGAAACUGAGUAGAACAAUUUUCCCCCUAGCUAGCCUGGAAAGCUGUGCUUAAGGGUGAAGGAAAAGGAAACUAGAUGACUCUAUGGGUCAUUUUUCUAAGUCAUUUAUAAUCUAAGUAGGGAUUUUCCUGGGGUUUCAAUUUUAAGUUUCUGUACUUAACCAAAAUACUUAGGAGUUAUUUCCCCCCAAAAGGCUUCUGAGCUCUGUGAUAAAUAUUCAGUGUCUAAAACAAAAAUUCUUCUUUGAGGUUGGGAUAUAUAGAAAGAAUAUAUAUUCUUUUAAAAAGCAUGAAAAUUAUUUUAGUUAGUGUACUUAAAUCUUAUCUACUGACAUGCAUGUAGUAGGUAGAUGCAGGAAUGAGAGGGAGAAAGGACUGAGAGAGUUCAUUUUUUAAAAUCAAGAAUGACAGUAAAUGGGUCUUUACUACUCCCUUUGCUCCCCUCCUACCACUUGCAGAGACUCGACUGCAGUAGGAGGCUAAAAGCUCAAGCUUUCAACAGAGCUUGCUGAAACCAAGCCCAGCACCUAGGAGUGCUCUCGGGGAUCUGGGUACCAUCUGCUGACUGACCUAGGACAAGUCCCAGCCAUAUUCCAGCUCUUUCCACUUUGUUCAGUGUGUUUCAAGGAGCCGGCAUAGUAGAGGCACCACUUUGGGCUCAUCGCAUUUCGUCUCCUUUGCUGAUUUGUUCCAUCCUUGUGUGGAUGUCUCCACUACUGGAAAUUUUGGCUCAUGCUGCUGGCUGCCCCUGCAGAAGUCCCAAAUCCCAAAUUCUGAGAGGAAGUAGCCAGGGGUUCUGACGUGGCAUCCAGAGCAUGUGGGCGUGCUCUGGGCUUUUCUGGAUUCUCUGUUUUCCUCUGCAGAAAGAGAGUCCAUGACCACUGUCAGCUUCUCCAUGACCUCUCCCUUAAAUGGGAGGGGUGAGGCGGGAACCACAGAACCUCGUUAGUUUGCCUGCAGCAAAUACCUUUGUGUCAGCUGUGUCUGGACCCUGGUGGUAGUCUCGGCCAACUCCCACUCCAGAUGAACUUCUCCCAGGGCCUUCUUCCCUCCGCAGAGGGCCACCCGCGUACUCCCUGCGCCUCAACAUUUCUUGAUAUCCAUUGUGUGCAGGGUGUUUUAAGCACAUUAUCUCAUUUAAUUCAUAAAAACAACCCUUUGUAUUGAGUAUUGUUCCCAUUUUACUCAUGAGGUAGCUGAGGCUCUGAAAGGAAGAGAAACUUGCCCAGAGUGACAACGAUCAGGCAGAGACAGUGUGACCACGGUUUUUCUGUCGGCCCUGGCCACCGCCCAGCAAGCCUGGGAUCGCCACACCAGGCACAGAGCCACCGCACAGGAUGUGGCUGUUACUCCUGCCCACUGCUGGUGUAAACGCUGUAGUAGCCUGGGAGCCAGACGCUGCAGUGGUCCUCCUGAGGGCUCCAGAAAAUAGGGCUGUGAAGGGGGAGGAAAAGGUCAGUAGGCUACCGCUUUCCACUGUCACUGAUACGGUCACUCAGGUAUGGUAGUGGCUGCACCUCCAGACUCCAGUGGGAGCACUCGAGCCCAUCACCUCUCGAAGCAGCAGAGUGUGUGUGUGUGGGGGGGCUCACUUGUCCUGUAAGA